UCUGCGAAUUAUGCCAACGCAACAAAAGUAUGUGAGCUAUCGGACAUGGAUCGUCUGACGAUUGCCGGCUCCAGCGCAUUCCAGACUUCCAAGGGCUUCGAUUAUCUCGAGAACCACUGUGUCGAUGAGCCUGUUAAGCUUUGCGAGUUCAAGAAACUUACUGGAAGGAUUUUAAAGACUGUUGAUUCAGUUCAUCAGGAUAUUUCUACUUCGGAUGAGUGCCGUGAAUUGUGUCUUAACUCUCCCUUCCGUUGUCACUCUUAUGAUUAUGGUGACACUGGUGAUAUGGUAUGCAGACUCAGUCAUCAUGCUAGAGCUACUCUUUCUGAUAUUCAGGAACCCUAUUUAGACGUCCCAGAAGCUUCAACCUACGAAUUAAGCUCUUGCUACAACGUGACAAUAGACUGCCGAGCCGGCGACAUGGUAGCGCGAAUUCAAACAUCCAAGCUGUUCAACGGUAAAGUCUACGCUAAAGGCUCACCAAAUUCCUGCGUGAAGGACAUAAAGGGGGCGUUGGAAUUUGAAUUGCGAAUGGCGUACGACGAUCUGGAGUGCAACGUGCGGUCCCAAGGGCUGGGCCGGUACUUAAACGACGUGGUGAUCCAGCACCACGACACAAUCGUGACCAGCUCGGACUUGGGACUGGCGGUGACUUGCCAGUACGACUUGACGAACAAGACGGUCUCCAACGAAGUCGACUUGGGUGUCCAGGGAGACAUCACCCCGGCGCUCUACGAGGAGGUGAUUGUUGACUCCCCGAACGUCGCAAUGAAGAUCACCGACCGGAACGGAAACGACGGCAUGCCAUCUGCGGAAGUCGGAGACCCCCUGGCCCUCAAGUUCGAGAUCCUGGACCCCAACAGCCCCUACGAAAUCUUUGUUCGCGAGCUGGUCGCAAUGGACGGAGUCGACUCCAGCGAGAUCGUCCUGAUUGACGCCAGGGGCUGCCCCACAGACCACGUCAUCAUGGGCCCGCUUUAUAAGGCCACCACCAACGGCAAGAUUCUUCUGUCUCACUUCGACGCCUUCAAAUUCCCAAGUUCAGAAGUAGUCCAAUUCCGUGCAUUAGUAACUCCAUGCAUGCCAAGCUGCGAGCCAGUACAGUGCGACCAGGAAGAGUCAACCGGAGAACUGAGAUCAGUAAUCAGCUACGGACGAAGACGUAGACGUCGUUCAGCAUCAUCUCUCUCCCGCGAGGACCUCUUGCUGGUCCAAUCAAUCCAGAUCACGGACAAAUUCGGGUUCGAGCGCGACGGAAAGUCUCCUCUUGGUAAUCUGACGUCCCAGUCCCGCGACACGGUGUUCGUCGAGUCCCAAGACAUGCCCGGAGUCCACGGAUUGUGUAUCAACAUGGCCGAGGCGAUAAUUACCGGCACAGUGUUCAUAAUCGCCCAGAUAGUUGUGAUUGCCGCGUGGACCUUCACCUGGCAGCGACGCAAGCAAAUUCUCAAGCACCAAGAGGCGCUCUCUGUCUCGGUAUCAGUCCCCGGGAUUCACUCUGGUAUUCCCAGUCGCACCGACAGCCUUUGCAAGCUCUACGACGCCGGCUAUUCACGUCGAUUCUAA